AUGGGAGGAAAGCACAGUGUAAAGAGCAUUUUAAUUACAGCAGACCAAGCUUCCUCAACUCCUGGCUCAAACAUUACUGACAAAAUUUAUAUGAAGUUCGAAAAGCCAGUCCGUGCUUCAACCCUUUGAUUGAAGUUCAAAGGCGCUUUUUCUAAUUGUUUUUACUUAAAAAGGAAAAGAAUUCUACUUUUAAUGGAUUACUCAGUCUAUUUAUGAAAAAGCUUUAUUAUAUUUUUUAAAAAAAAUUUCUAAUAACCUCUUUUAAUUAAAUAUGACAUCAAAAUUUUGCAUAAUUAA